AUGGGCCGAUGUGUUUCCGCUCGACCUACAAACGAAGAAAACAUAUGUUCACAUCUCCGUAGAUUUCGGGGACACUUGCGCCAACAACAAAUUCCCGAAUACGAAAGGAAAUGGAAGACGAAGCGAAAGGCUUCAUAUUUUCUGCUGAGCUUUCACAAUAAAGUAGAAUUUACAACGACCUGUUCCCCUCUAUCACUUUCUAAUUUUCUCUUCCCCCCUUCUUCUUUCUCUCCUUCUCUCCUCCUCCUCUCCCUCCUUCUCUCUCUCCUUCUCCUUCUCACUUCCACUCUGCUUCUAUCUCCUUCUCUCUCCCACUCUGCUUCUCUCUCUCCCACUCUCCUUCUCCUUCUCUCUCUCCCACGCUCCUUCUCCUCUCUCUCUCUUUCUCUUCUUCUCAUUCUUCCUCCCACUCCCCUUCUCUCUUUCCUUCUCUCUCUUUCUCCUAUCUCUCUUUCUCCUCUCUCUCUCUCCUUCUCAUUCACUUUCUCCCUCUCUCCUGCCCCUUCUCUCUCUCCCCUCUCCUUCUCCUCUCUCUCCCUCUCUCUUUAA